ACUCUUCUCAUUACAGGCACCUCUCCUGAAAUUAGUCGUGAGCACUGGUAUUUUUUAGGUUCUUUUGAUCACGCGUCCCGGUCUCUUUCUUGCUGUUGGAGUACGUUUCUUGCAAUCGGGGCCUCCCUGGGCGGCUUGCGCGGGUACCGAGGCAUUGUCGUUUUACCGCCGCCGCGUCGCGCAGACCCGUACCCCGGGCCCUGUGCUGCCGAGUGGAGCCGCUCAUUGGGUGCCCGGGCGUUGACGGUCAAAAGUUAGACCCGAAAGGACAGAGGGGCCAACGUUGCCACGGCGCAGGCGUCCAGGGACCCUAGGACUAAACGGGUCCCGCGGCGACGCCACGCUUCCGCCACUUCCGGGGCCCGCCCCGCCCCUCGGUCGAGCGCCCGCGAUUUCGAGUCUCUAUGGUAGCAACUUCCGCCGCUCGCUAUAUCUCGCGAGACUACGGCGGCUCAGCAAUGGCAAGACCAUGCCGCGUCAUUGCUCCGCCGCCGGCUGCUGCACACGGGAUACGCGCGAGACGCGCAACAGCGGCAUCUCCUUCCACAGACUUCCCAAAAAGGACAACCCAAGGCGAGGCUUGUGGCUGGCCAACUGCCAGAGGCUGGACCCCAGCGGCCAGGGCCUAUGGGACCCAGCAUCUGAGUACAUCUACUUCUGUUCCAAACACUUCGAGGAGAACUGCUUUGAGCUGGUGGGAAUCAGUGGGUAUCACAGGCUGAAGGAGGGGGCAGUUCCCACGAUAUUUGAGUCUUUCUCCAAGUUGCGCCGGACAACCAAGACCAAGGGGCAUAGUUACCCACCUGGCUCCCCUGACGUCAGCCGGCUCCGGCGAUGCAGGAAGCGUCUCUCCACAGCUGCUCUGACAGUCAAGGGCCCACAACUCCUUUUUCUCCACCUCCACCUGCUGACGUCUCCUGCUUUCCUGUGGAAGAGGCCUCGGCACCUGCUGCUUUGCCUGCCUCCCCCACUGGGAGGCUGGAGCCUGGCCUCAGCAGCCCCUUCUCAGACCUCCUGGGGCCUCUGGGUGCCCAAGCGGAUGAAGCAGGCUGCAGUGCCCAGCCCUCACCGGAGCGGGAGCCAGAGCGGCAGCCAUCCCCUCUUGAACCACGGCCUGUCUCACCCUCAGCCUAUAUGCUGCGCCUCCCACCACCUGCUGGAGCCUACAUCCAGAAUGAGCACAGCUACCAGGUGGGCAGUGCGCUGCUCUGGAAGCGGCGGGCGGAGGCCGCACUCGACGCCCUGGACAAGGCCCAGCGCCAGCUGCAGGCCUGCAAGCGGCGGGAGCAGCGGCUGCGGCUGCGGCUGACCAAGCUGCAGCAGGAAAGGGCACGUGAGAAGCGGGCACAGGCAGAUGCCCGCCAGACUCUGAAGGAGCAUGUGCAGGACUUUGCCAUGCAGCUAAGCAGCAGCAUGGCCUGAGUGAGGGGCCACUGGACCCAGGGUUGAGGAACUGCCUGUCAGGGCUCCAACCUCUUCCUCCUUCAGAAUCCACCUGGACAGGGACCUGAUCUAAGCUGCAUCCGUCAGACCCACCAGAUGCCAUAAUAAAGUGGAUUCCUGAAGGAGGCCCUGUAUGAUUCAUCUGGGGGCUGGGGCCCCUCCUGGAUCCCAGGCUUGUUCCCCCAAACAGUGGCUGCAGACUGCAGAGGGCUCAAACCCUGGAGUUUAAGCUCUUGGCUGUGGAGAGCAGAAAGCCCAGCUCCGUGCCCCAUGGGGUUCUCUGAGGACCAGGAUUGUGAGUAGAGGCUGCAGGCAGCACUAGGCACCCCUUGCCGUGGCAUCUGAAACAGCCUUGACUUCAGCAAGCUGAUCCUCUUUGAAAACACUCCUAAAACCCAGGCCAGACUCAGUUCCUUUGCGGGGACACAACAGACUUCCCUCAUAGGCCCAGUCUGCCCAGCCUGAGUCCCGGCUUACAGGCCCACCACCCACCACGGGGCCCGUCUUAUUUGAAAACAAGGACAAGGACAAUUUCUGACUGCCUGGGGCUGCUUGGCUCGGCAAGUAGUGAGGGCCCAACCAAUGACAUUUCUGGUCCCUAGAGGUCUGGAGAGAGGUGGGGGAGCACAUAGGCAUCAGUCCUGGCCUCAACCUGUGUCCCCAUUUUUCAAAUCAACUGGAAUCUAGGCCUCCCUGCAUCUGUGAUCGUGGCAAACAGCUCAGUGCACGGGGUGACAGACCGCACAGGUAACCUCUCCCUGCUGGGCCUUGGCCGCAACGGCCCCAAGAGCACAGAUGAAUUCUUUCUAGUCCUGUGAAAUGCCACUGUUCUGAAAUUUGCUUUUUCGAGCCCUGGGUGUAUAGCUCCAUUUAUUCAUACCACGUCUAGAAAAGAUAGUCAAGCAGCCAAUUACAAGGGUCCCAGCUGGUCUGCUGUAGAGCAGGGUUUGCAGAUCAUUCCCUAAGACCCCCCAAGUGCCCCGGGCCACUUCCUAGCUUGCUGGCAGCCUUAUGGACAGGCUCCCCUUGCCUAAGGCUGCCCACCUGCCACCGGGGUUCUUCAGCAAUGGCCAAGGAGUGGCAAGUACCGCAUUUGUGUGGGGCACAGCCAGGGGAGGGAAGCGAAAUUUAAGGCAGAUCAUUUCCACCAAAACCGGCAGCCAAGGCAGGAAGGAUUCUUGUUCCCAAAAAGGAGGCAGAAUGGUGCCUUCCACAUGGGGGUGGACUCUCACGGCCUUCUGUCAGGUAACAGGGAAGGACACAGGCCUCAUCCUCAUUUCCCAA